CGCAUCGCACCUCUGUCCCGCCACGCAGGGCUACUUUCUCUUCGCCCCCUGUAAAAGAGGAUAAAAAGGGGGAUCCUUUGCGCUGAACUAAAUGCUGCAUGGGCAGGUUUAAGUUGGAUGUUUCUUUUGUGUUUUUAUGGCUUAAUAACUAAGUUUCCUGCCUCAUCCGCUGCUCACAGGAGGAGGAAAGGAGCGGAACUUUCAGGGGACCCUUUUUUUUCUUGCUCCGGAGUAACCACAGGGGUUAACGCGCAGGCUUUAACCUAGGAGGUCACGCCUGCCACCGGCUCCGGAUCUUCCCAAAGCUCGGCUGUGGAGGCGGAUGGUAUGGUAUAACUUUUCCGCUGCAGAGAGAGAACCUGAGAGGAGCCGUUUUAUGGUGUCGUGGAGAGGGGAUGCGAGCCUCUCCUCCGUGUCGGAUAGCGGAGCGGCUAUGAGGAGAGAGGUUCACCUGCUGGGCUAACAGAACAAGAGCACACUGCACCAACAGAAUGCGGGAACGGGGUCCUUGCAUUUGUGGAGUAGGUGUGUGGAGUCUGCUGCUGUCCCUCUGCCUGGCCUCUCUCACACAUGCACACAGAAGCCACACAGUGCAUGUGAAGGCAGGGACAUGUGAGGUGAUCGCUGCCCAUCGCUGCUGCAACAAGAACAAGAUCGAGGAGCGAUCUCAGACCGUCAAAUGCUCUUGUUUCCCGGGGCAAGUUGCGGGCACCACUCGGGCCAUGCCCUCCUGUGUUGAUGCUUCCAUUGUAGCUCAGAAAUGGUGGUGUCAGAUGCAGCCGUGUAUGGACGGUGAGGAGUGUAAGGUUCUGCCAGACCUCACAGGUUGGAGCUGCAGCACGGGGAACAAAGUCAAGACCACAAAGGUGACCCGAUAGUCCUGCUUGUCAAAAGAAGAGCAGAAUGAGAUGUCGGUGGAGUUACUUUACACAGCACAAUGGACCUAUCAGCAGUGAGGAUGACAUACUCAGAAAGACUCUAACAAGGAACCAGUCAUUGUCUCAUUUCUCUGAGGAGAUGGAGGAUGAAGAGACAGGACUCUGAUGCUGUCUUCCUGAAACACAACUGAGUAUCCUUGGUCCUUCACUGUAGAGGACUGCAUCACCCACAAUCCUUUACUUCUGCUUCAAACAACAAAACCGAAAAAAGUGAACCAUGAACUUAACAGCACUGGGUUAGAAGACAAAAAUGACUUUCUUUACAGAAUCUGUAUUCUUCAUCUCUCUUCUAUGGCUUAGUUGUGGUCUUUAUGCAUUUUGGGAAUUAAGGGGAUUUGACAGAGGCUACUACAAAAAGAAAAGAAAGAAGGAGAAAGCAUUGAAAAUGGCUGCCUGGUAUUGUGCGGAUGACAAGUUCAAAUUUAACUGUGCCACACGACACACUUGAUGCUGUCAAAAAUGUUUCUCAGAUAGGGAACUGAACCUUUCUUUUUUCAGAUUUCACCUUCAUUAUAUUUUACCUUGAAUAGUUUGUGGCUUACCACAUGCCAUUUUUUAAACAGAGAGACAGUUUCUCUGUCUUCUUUUUCUUUUGUUUGUUUGACAAAGGACAAAAUCCUUUCAGGGGUGAGAUUAGACUAAUACCAAGUAGAUGUUACGGUAAAUUGAAAAAUGUAAACGUGUAAAAAUGGUCCAUGGAAUCACUGGGGCUAAAGAUAAAUUGAUGCUCUAAUGGUUUUAAUAUCUGUGUUUUUAAACGCCUG